GACCAUUCGUCGGUUGACCGGCCAAACGGAAGCACUUAUUUAGUUGACGCCACACACACACUCUCUCUCUCUCUUCGCCUCCAAUCAAGCGAGCCGCCGAUCCUCACCCCGGUUUAUCUCCAACGCCCGGGUAGUUAUCACGGAUAUUUUCACCUCGCGAAAGGGUUUCGUAGAUCAGUGAAAGUAGUGAGGCGAGAAUCUCCGACGACUUGAUGGAUCGCGUCGAGGGAUGAGCAGUGCGGUGAUAAAGACGCGUUGAUCUUGAAUUUGCAUGAUCUCAGAAGCGGCAAAAUCCAGGAGAGAUCUUCGAAGGACGAAGAGAUGUGUACGAGGGCGAUAUUAUUUCUUGCACUUGUGUGCACAACGCUCACCGUCGCACAGGGAGAAAUUACCAAGGAUUCCUCGUUGUGUGGUCGAACUAAAUGCAGAGUGCCGUUGGAGCAAAAGUUUAAGUAUCAAGAAGAUGUAAAUUACGUAUACACGUACUCCGUGGACGUGAGCACGAAUCUGGGCUAUCAGCCGCUAUCCCUUAACUCCCAAAGUAAUUCCAGCCUGCACAUCGACGCCACUCUGUCCGUACAGUUUACCAGUCCUUGCGAGGGCAACCUGAGGAUCCUGAACGCCAGCAUCAGCCAUGAUCGCAGCACGUACAGCGCUGAGUUUCCGGAUCGCGCGGGAUCCGAGUUCAAGGCUAGCCUUGAACGUUACGUGCUCAGGUUCAGCUUUGACGAUGGCGUGAUCCAUGAACUGUGCCCGGACCGGCGCGAGCCGGUCUGGGCGUUGAACCUGAAGCGCGGUGUGUUGUCAAUGCUGCAGAACAGCAUGAAGCGCUUCGACGUGGAUCACAAGCUGGAGGAGACGGACGUGUACGGCAUUUGCGACACGAAGUAUCAUUUGUACGAAGCCUUGCGGACCAGCCUGAUCGUGAAGAAGAGCAAGAAUCUGGCGGACUGCCAAUUUGGACCCAGAUACUUCUCCAUCGUGCAGUCGAAUCCUUACAGAAGCCCACGACGGCAACAAGGCCAGAACGGAUUGCUCAAGUCUCACAGCGAGUGCGACAUCACUAUCGAUCAUAAUGUGUACGCGAAGGUGGUCUGCGAAGAGACACGGCAGAUGCAGCCGCUCUCGAAUGGCCAACAAGCCGGUGCCAGGACCGACGCGAGAAUGACGCUGAAGUUGGUCCAAGAGACGACGGAUAUGAGCUCCUUCCAUGAGUUCGACGAGUACGAGAAUAAUCGCGACGAAGACGAUAAGGACGACGAUAAUCUCAUCAGAUAUAUUCCUCAUAUCAAAAGGACCACGUUACUGUAUGACCAUACGAAGACGUUGAAGACCAUGCACGGCGAGCUGCGGACUUCCCGGGAUCUGUUGAAGAUCAUGUGUAGACUGGGGACAAACGCCGCCGAACUGCAGCAGAGAUUCUCCGAGACGUUUACAAAUUUUGUUCAUUCGGCUCGAUCCUUGAAUUAUCCUUCGUUGUCACAGCUCUUUAUGAGAGCCAAUAGCAUUUGCAGGGGUGGAAAGAAUCACAUUCUCGCGGCAUUACCGUACUUGAAUAGCAACGCCGCGGUGAAUGUAAUGAGGGACCUGAUAAUGAAGAAAUACGUCAAUCAGGCGACCAUCGACGAUUGGAUCAUCACGUUUGCUCUACUACCGCAACCGGAUCACGACACGAUUAAGGCCUUAUCGCAGUUGCUAGAUUUCCAGCAUCAGAUCCCGCAUGUGCAGUUCAUCCUCAGCUACUCAACCAUCAUUCAUACGUACUGCAGGAACAACAAUCUCGACUGCAUCGAACUGGAGGAAGUGAACGCGUUCUUGUCGCAUCUUGAGAAGAAAAUUUCACAAGGCUGCACACCCCAUCUUCAUUCUCCCCUCGAGACGAAAGAAACACUGGAAGCUCUGAAAGCGAUUGGUAAUAUGGGACUUGAGACCAAGAGCUUGCGACAAGAGUUGAAGAAGUGCAUAGAUGACACCGGUGGAUUUUUGCCGAUGGAAGUUCGCGUCGCCGCCGUCGAUGCUCACCGAAGACUGCCAUCGUGCGAGGAGACCCGGGACGAAUUCUUCCUCGAUUAUUACCGCAACAUAACGCUGGACACGGAAAUUCGCAUCGCUUCUUACUUGCAGGUGAUGCGUUGUCCCGAUUACAACGUCAUCAAAACCAUCAAGCACGCUCUCAAGAUGGAGGAAGUCAACCAAGUCGGUACUUUUGUGUGGAGCCAUUUGUCGAAUAUCUACAGUUCAUCCUCGCCUACUAAAAUCGAGAUCCAGAGUCUGCUGACGGACAGAGAUUUCAGUAACAAGUUCAACAAUGACGUUAGGAAGUUCUCGCGCAACUACGACGACUCGUUCUUUUCCGAGGAGUAUAAUAUCGGCGCGAAUUAUCAGACGAACUUGAUUUUCUCGUCGAAAUCGUACGUGCCACGAUCGCUCAUGUUCAACGUGACCGCCGACGUGUUCGGUCAGUCGGUGAAUCUGUUUGAAGUCACAGCGCGAAUGGAAGGUUUCGAAUUUUACGCGGAGAAUCUCUUCGGCCCCAAUGGCAUUUACAGCAACGAGAAGAUCCACGGCCACAUCCGAGACUUCCUCAGACAUUUCCGAUCGGCGCCAGAGAGCGAGAAUUACUGGAACGGCGUGAAACGGCUGCCAAACGUCAUCGAUAACAAUUUCGCACAUCCGAAAGUCAGUUUCGGCUAUAAGAUCUUCGGGAACGAGUUGAAGUUCACGAUACUCGACGGCGACGAGCAAGUGAGGACCGCGCUCGCGCAAUUCAACCCGUGGCAGAAGAUACGGGAGUUCUUGGCCAUGCGAGAGAUCCUCUACGAAAGGACCACAAUGUUCCUGGACUCAUCGUACGUCGUGCCGAUGGGAUCCGGUAUGCCGAUUCGUUUGGACAUCGCCGGCUCCGCUGCCUGCAAUCUCAAGGUCUCGAAAACGAUGAGGGAAGGCAAGGAGUUCGAGCUCACCGGCAACAUCGCUUCCAGCUUAAGCGUCGACACGGUGGGCACGAUGACGGUGGACGCUUUCUACAAGUCCGCCGGGCUCAGGCUGCGGACGAAUCUCUAUUCCUCCGGCUCCGUACAGAUUCACCUGAAUCUAAACGGCACUCGUCUGGUGCGCGUGAGUUUGGGUUUGCCGAGCCGCAAGAUCGAGUUGCUCUCGUUACUCUCUGACGUUGCUCUAAUCAAAGGUAACGGCGCCGAGGUUCAAGAGAAGCCGUUGGGCGUGUUGGUGGCUGGGCAAAAUCCAAAGAAGUCACGUUAUUCUGCGGCCAUACUCAAGAGCAUCAUCAGCAACACCACCUGCAGCUGGACCGCCUUGGACAGACUGAUAGGCUUGAAAAUGUGCACCGACUAUCAGGUCUCGAAUGUGACGAAGGAACCUAACGCACCUUAUUUCAUCUUGAACGGACUCACGCUCUUCAAGGUCUCGUUGAACAAAGCCGAUCCGACGGCGAAGAACUAUGUUUUCGAGUACAGUUGGAAUCAAACUCAGGAGCACAGUACGCUUAAGCUGAUGUUCAACACACCUGGCUCGCAAGUGGACAGAGAAUUGAGCGCUAUCGUCACCUUCGACAUGAUAAACAACAACGUUACGGUUCUAGUACAUUCAGCUGGCAAUUCUUUGAUUGCUAAAGGCACAUAUAAGAAUUCCGAAAAUGAAACAUUCCUGGAUGUCGGUUUCGAUAUUAACGGCACGAAACACUUGGACGCCAGCCUAGGAUACACGAGGACCAAACUGAAUAGCGGUUACGCUUACGAUCCCAGGGUAUAUUUAACCAUAAAUAGCGAACGUGUUGCUGCCAUCUCAGGUUCCGUCAAGGAUCUACAGAAGAACAACGCCUCUCAGAUCGAAGUAAACCUAUCUUUCCAAACUAAGCGAGUAUGGAGCAAUCUGUCCGGCUACAUCCUCACGCGGAACAUCAGCGUAACUUGGGAUUUGAAGCUGGAGUAUCAGCUGCAGCGAAUGCCGAAGAGAGAAUAUUUGAUCGUGCAAGGCGCACUCUUCAAUCGUUCUUCGAAGACGCUCACGCACAAAGCGGCCGAGAUGACCAUCAAUGCUACCGCUUAUCCGCAGCUCAACACCAUGAUAAACGCCUCGUACCAACAAGCGCUUGGCCAUUUAGAACUACAAGCGGAGGUGAACCUCAAACCGAAUCCCAAAAACGAUCAGGACAAGCUUAAGGCCAAGUUUAUCGUCUCCUACUUGAAGAUGUACUUCCAGGAUGAGGGCACAAAGAUGAACGCGAUGAUAGCUGUGACGAAACCUACCAAGAACUUGGACAUCAAAGUAGGAAUUAAUCACUACAGCCUCGGCGCCGAAUCGAAGACCACUUUGCUCAUAGGAUACGCACCAGCUAAAGAAAUCAAUCUACUCGUUCACGUCAUCAUGCCACGCGGUAUAUUAUUCUCCAUAGAGGGCCACACGAACCUGACGAUCCCUAACUACAGCUCGAUGCUGCUGAAUGUGCGCAUCAACGAACGUUUCCGGCACGAGUACGAACUGGACUUCUCGGGCACUUGGUUCAGCGGUCACAAUUUCACCGCGCGCGGCGCUUAUUCCGAUCGAUCAAUCGCCGCGAUGAUGAACCAUCACCUCAAGAUGAUCCUCAAGUCACCGAGCUUCGCCAAUCUGAUCCUGGUCAACUGUUAUCUUUAUCAGGAUCACAGCGAUCUUAAGAUCAGCCUGUAUGCCGAGCAGCCGGAUUUCGACAAGUACGCUUUCAUGCUGAACCACACGGUGCUGUCAGCAACCAACCUGAUGUCCUACGUCGAGGCUAGAUAUCGGGGCAACGUGUAUUCGGUGAUGACGAACGUCGACACCACGCGAGAGAUUCGACUGGAGUUGCAUCUGGAUAAAUGGCGGGAUGUGCAUGUGACCUUGACCGGCAUCAACGAGGAGAAUCGGCAGGAGUUUGCGGCGGAGAUGAAAUGGGAUGCUAACAGGGAUCCCGCGUUAAAAGUUGCUACGAUGUUGCAAUUGACCAGGAUCUACUUGAUGGACAACACCUCGCCGGGGAUCCGACGCAGCGCUAUAGUAAUGUUGACCUACCCCGGCCGACUUGUGACUGGAUCCGGUAAUUUGAUGAUGCGUGGCCCGCACAACUACCUGCUGGACAUUAGUCUUGACUGGAACCCAGAGGAUCGGAUCAAAGCACUGAUCGGCAUGGGUUACGAUGUACAACCGGAGAUGACGUCUAUGAAGUUGGAAUCCCAGCUAUUAACUCCCUUCGAACAGUGGAAGAAAACAGCGUUGAACGUGAAAUAUAUACAACUGCCAACCAAGGUCCUAGCCAGCAGUAGCAUUUACUGGAGGGACUCGCAACAUGUGAUAGCGGACUUCCACGGCAGCAUGAGCGAGCACGACGACCUGAAGGAAUGGGCGGCAAAUUGCGGUUUGACCAGCACCGUCCACUCCUUUGCAUGGGUGACCGUGAACGUCACGCACAAGAUGCUACGCUCGGAAACGGCAGACAGCCACAUGCUGAUCAAGUACAAUCCCGACAAGACGAUCGACGUGCGCAGCAUUUGGCACCUGGACAAACAAUCAGACGACGUGUUCAACUUGACCGGCAACCUGCAUCUCUACACGCCCUUCGCGAACUACCACAAAGGCGAGCUCAAGUGUCAAUUGCGCAUCAUGUCUAGCUGGACGUUCUUUGGCGCAGCGAACCUUGAUCUGGACAAGCGCAAGUACACCGGUUGCCUACAGGGUGAUCUAAUGCGCUGGAAAGAGUCCAAGGUGGAAUUCAACGUCACCACACCGUUGGAGAAGUUCGCUUUCGUACGAGGCAAAUUCGGCCUGUCAGAAAGCAACCGCCACAUAGUGGCGAUGAUCGACAGCCCGAACGGUCCGCUCGGCGUCGAGGCUGUGUUCCAGUUCUCCACGUCUGCUUACGAUUUCAACGUGAAAUUCAUGUUGGCUACGCCGAUCGACGUACUGCAGAAAGUUCUCGCGGUGGCUAAGCUGAAUUCUCGCGAGGCGGACUUCCGAGUCGCCUACAACAACAUCACGGCGGGCUUUCUUGGUACUUGGCACUACAACAACAUCACCGACUUCGAUUACAGAUACGUAGUGCUCACGCCGCUUGAGGGUCUGCAGGAGUGCGGCGUGAUCACCAAGCUGAUCGUGAUGCAUACGGAGCCUAACAACAUGCUGGACGUGAAUACGGAGUUCUCGUUGAGAUUGGCGGACAUUAAGCUCGGUGUCAGGGCCAAGGGUGGGCCGAAACCUCCACCCGUUAAAAUUCCUCUAAAAAAGGGUAUUACAAUACCUACGAUACACAAGCCGAGAUCUAAUGAGUCCGAGGAGGAAGAAGAGGAAGAGGAAGACGACGAAGAUAAUUUCUUCUGGCGAGGAGAAUUAGAGAUAUGGCUCGCGAUAAUAGAGGAUAUAUCAGGCGAGCUGGAUAUCGAUUACGAGCACAACACGUACAAAAUUCUCAGCACGAUAAAUUUGCCACUCGGCAAAAUUGUCUUGGAUGACAAUUUUUUGCUCGAGGAUGUCUUUCAUAUGAAAAAUGAUCUACAUGUGGAUUUGUCGUUCAGCAGUAUUAGAGAGAUAACAUCGUUAUAUACCUUUUUGAUCGAUAUGGAGAACCGUAUUUACCUCAUGGAAAUGAACAUAAAUGUCACGAAAAAUAAUACACGGAUCGAGACUGGAUUUCAUGGAAAUUACACGUUUGAAGUACGUGACACGGAUGAUGCGGACAAUACGAUGAUGCAUUUUAUAAAGUUUAACUUGAAGACGCCCUUACACUUUGCUAAAGACAUCCGUACUAACACAAUCAUAGAGACCAAAGGCAAUCGAUCUCAAGGUACAGUCGCGAUUCGUGGAGAACAGCUGACUAUCGACUUAUUCGGAAAUGUUAAGAGAGGGGAAGCUCUAUUGGAUAUAGUAAUCUCGGGUGCAAUCGAUUCACCCAUGAUAAAAAUACCGAAAACCACGAUCGUAGCGAAGAAGAACUUCGCUGGAGACAGAAAAGAGCUGAAGUUUAACGCGAGUAUGGAAGAACCUGUAUCGAAAUACACAUCGUUCGAGUGCGCCUGGCAAACAAAUGAGAAUGUCUCGAGAGCAUCUGCAAAACUAGAGAGUUGGAUAAAAGCUCUAAGAUCUCUCGAGACCGACGUGCUCUACAGCAACGCGAUUCGCAUCGAUAACACCGCCAAAUUGAACGUCCACGUAAAGCACCUUGGCGAGCAAGAAUAUCAACUGAACGGGAACUUAAACAACGGCAAGAUCGACGCCGAAUUGCAUACACCGCUGUCGCAAGAGCCGCACUUCCAGUUCCACGGAGACUUGAUCCAGAUCAAUGAGUCGCUGUACAUCGUCAAAGGAGAACUCAAGAACCAGCUGCUCGCGAAAUCCUACGACGUCAGCAGCGUCAUCGUCACACAGGAUGACGGCCCAAGUUCGAUAGACGUAACAGCGGAGCCGAAGAGCGCCAACACCGAUAAAAUCACUCUAAAAUUACAGAGAAAGAAAUACGGUCUGCAACUCAACAUGGACGGUGGAUCCUUCAACAGCACCAUCGAUGCGAACAUAAUCAACUCUCUAAAUUGGGACAUGAGAGCGCAAACGGAUAUUCGGCAACCUCAUCGGAUCGACACGUACCACUUGAACACUUUCAUGAACGUGCAGGUAAAUGGCAACACCAGUCUUUAUGUUCAUGCCGAAACACCCUGGGAUGACUGCGAGGUUUUGACGGUGAAAGGGAACGUGAUGCUGACCAACACCAGCGGCGACGUUCGACUGAGUCACCAAUUGAACGAUGAUCAAUAUCACGCGGCUGUUCAGUGGACACUAAUUUUUAUGACAGACAUAUUCGCGAAACUAACGACGCGAUACGAGGGCGCGGGGUCGAGCAGGAAGGACUUCUCCACUCAUGUAUUCUUCAAGAAUCCCCGAUCGUACCGAAUUAUCGAUAUGGGAUUCAAUCUGGAUAUUGACCGGAAGGCUUGGGAAUUCGAGACGAACGCGACCAUAGGUUCUCGCAAUCAGCGGAACGCCGACGCAGUGUUCAUCAUAAAACUGCCGCCCCCGUACAACGAUGAUCAUCGGUUUCUGUUUAGUUAUCACAAGACCGAUGAUAUGCAGGACAUCUCUUACGUUAUAGGUUACAGCACAGUUCGAUCGAAGGCGAAUUAUGCCUCGGACGGUUCGUUUCGGACGCUAGCUCGAGACCUCAACGGCCAUUUCCGAGUGACUUGGGGUUUAUUGCCGAGUCAGUCAGUGAAUAAUCUCUUCAACAUCACCUUCAAUAAGAAAGAGAUGAACCUCAAGUACUCUCUGUAUACGCCGCAGUUCCUGCAGGAGGAAACUGUCGUGCUGCUUUUCAAUUAUGACUACACGUACAACGAGCGAAAUCUGAUCAAUGCCGACCUAUUUUAUCCGCCUGGACGGCAAAUCGGCGCCGCAAAGAUAGCCUACGAAAGUUUGAUCAACGUUAAUGGAACUCUUAACGCUUCGAUACCUGGGCAACCCUCGUAUGUCGGUUGCAACUUUGUUGUGUUCACUACUUUGAAGCAGAAUAAACGAUUCAUCGAGUUCUUUUGGAUGAACAACACGGCCUUGCUGAACUCCGAUUACACCUAUCACAGCGAGCGACUGAACUCGGACUUGGAAGGCGUCCUACACAUAGAAGUUCCCUUGAGCGCUCGUCAUAUAGGUCACUUGACUUACGGCUACAAGAAACGUCCUCAAGUUACAAUAGGCCAUUCGAUAUUUACGUACAAUGAUCAGGAGGUGCUGCACGCUCAAUACAAUUCGAAGAGCGAGUCCAGAGCUGGCUUCGAGAAGGAUCGCAUCCAGGUCACCGUGGAGAACAUUUACAAACCCAUAGGUUUCGUCUAUGUGAACCAAUAUGAGUACAGCGGUGGGAAUGAAGGCACAAAUUAUCCCACAAUAGAGUUCAAGCAGAUAAAUAUUUAUAGACUUGACAAUAACUCGGCUUUCAACAUCGCCGGCGAGUCCAGGGUCAGAACCACUCACACCGGCCAGAAUAUUCACCUGAAGGCGAUGCAUUUGAACCGGACCAUUCAAUUUAAAACAGACUACCAGGUAUUGCCAGGCGAGUUCGAUCAAUACACCUGGUUAAGUCUGGCGGAAGAUGCCUGGGCGUCGUAUCACGUCAAUAUCAUGAACCUGACCACCGAGAUCAUGGACAAUCAGUUCAUGAUUCUCAACAUCUCCUACCCGCGACAUAACUUUACCUUGGAAGGCUCCUACAAGAUCACCAGCGACGAGUUGAACUCCGAGGCAAACUUGCACUGGGAACGAGAUGACGAAAAAUCCUCGAAGAACAUCGGUGCGGCCUUCAGUUGGACCAACAUCAGCGCUACAUCAAUGGAGAGUCAGCAGCGGGCUGUGCUGAGUUUCCGACAUCCCACGUUCCAGAAGGACGUGACGAUGAGGAGCGAUUUGAUGAAAAGAGACCAACGAGAUCUGUUGAACAUCCUCUUCGUCGCAGACUAUUCCGCCGAUCCCGAGAAGCUGUUGACGUUGUCCGCGCUGCUGAGAGACGAGAGCGACGAGUUCAAUAGAAAGUAUCUCUACCGGUUAAACGGCAAACACGUCAGCACCAAAAUGGAGCUCGACGUUGAAGGAUUCGUUCACCGACAUGGAUUCGUGCUGCUCGAAACAGUGAAUCACGCACGAUACAAACGUGGUUAUAUGCCAGGCGAGACUGGCGAGCUGAUCGGCCGAAUCGAUCGAAAUUCGAGGGAGAUCCUCUUCCGACGAGUGAACAACGAGGCGGUCAAGUACUUCAGCGUCGGCUAUUAUCCGUCGGAUUCUCAAUAUAUCAUCAACGGCAGCGUCAUCGACACACCGAAACUCAACGUUACUGGCGCUUUCUUCCUAGAUCCGAGUGAGAAGCUCACCUGGUUGAUGGUGAAUUACACGCCUGAUGCGAUGGAAAGCUUAAGAAUGUACGGUAGCAUCCCGGACGCUCGAAAUGCGAUAUUCAACAUCUGGAGAACGUACGAGGACGACCUGUCAAUAUCAGACAUCUCCUUCUACUUGAAGCUGAACCACUCGAGGCUCGUUACGUCCACCUUGCGAUGGCGGCCCGAACUCAAGAGCGAUAUCAUUAACGCUACAAAGACAGCUUUCAAUGAAAUGUUCGAUGACCUAAACAACGACGUCGACUAUUGGAAGCAGUAUAUAAAGAGCGAAGUGAUGAGUGUUAUCACGGAUGUUUGGGAUGAUGCUCAGCAGGAUAUUUCCAAGUUCCUCGAUGACUGGAACGAUCUGAAAACCCUCGAGAAAGAUUUUGAAGACCUCAGAGUAUACCUGAACGACUCGUAUAACGCCAACGACUUUUACAUCAAAGACAUCGUCGAUUUCGGUAUAUAUCUCAUCGACGAAUUGUCUCUGCGGAGUCACAUCGAAUCAUUGCCCAAUAUACUAAACGAGAUCUGGGAGAUAAUGGGCGAGUCCGGCGAAGCGCUGCGAAAUUCUCUCAUCUGGCUGAUCGAGAACAUCAAGAACGCUUACAACAAAGUUUCCGAGUUCAUUGCUGCCGUGCUGAGAGGCGACUCUUUGUCGCAGGUGGCGAGCAUAAUCGAGAAGUUGAUCGAAAAAUAUGACAUGUUCAUCAAGGACUUGCAUGUGUCUUUCAUCAAGUACAUCGAGAAUCUCUGGGACAAUAUCGCGUCGUCUCUCUCGCAGCAAUGGUAUCGUUUCCUGAAAUUAAUGGAGCCGUUGUUCAUUCGGUUCAUUCAUUAUCUCGAAACGGCAGCGUGGAAAGCGAGCAAAGAGGUGUUGGACUUUUUGUAUGACCGUAAGAAGGAGAUCGUCACAUCGCCUUAUUUCGACCGCUUCACCAAUUUCACGCAGGACAUCGACAAGUUCUAUCGCGACAUCAAGGCGAACGAUAUAGUGACCAACAUUAAUAAGUAUUCGCGUGUGGUGAUACAGUUCCUGAAGGAUCGUUACUUCGCCUACGUGCCGUUCGGCAAGGAGCUGAAAGACGUAAACGACGAUAUCUUGUUAGAACUGAAAGAGUUGCAAAAGCUACCGUCUGUCAAAUACGCCUUAGAGAAGCUCGAUCAAGUGUACAGCAAGGUCAACUACGUCUACGAAUACUUCGAAGUUAGGACCAAGCUGGAGAAUUUGCUGCGGCUUAUACACUCUAAAAUAGUGGACAUCAGUCAGUCGGCGUUGCAGGCUGAAAAUCGCUACAGACAGGCCAAGACCAUGUUCAUCUUCGAUCCUAAUCAGGGCUUGAUGUGCUUGGAACAGAAGCUACCGAUGUCCUGGCACGCCUUCAAUCAGACACCCGAAUUCCACGAAACACCGGAAUUACGAGCAAUCGCGGAUAUCAAGACGUACUUUGUCACGUCGAACACUACUUUCUGGGGCCUUUAUUAUCGGUAUAAACCCUACUCGGACUUGUCGAAUUGGUUACCGCCGUUUAAAGCGCAAGCUAUGAUCAUCGGUUCCCAGCAUUACGUUACCUUCGACGGCCGCUAUUUCGACUUCGUCGGAAGCUGCACUUAUUUGUUAGCGAGAGAUUUCGUGAGCGACACUUUCGCUGUUUUAGUGAAAUACAAUCAAGGCGAGGAAAUCACUCAUCAAAUCAUAGUACUAAUCGGAAACAGUGCUAUCGAGUUGGACCUCUUCAAUGACACAAUGAAGUUAAUCUCUCAAGAAGCGGGAACUACGACCAAUUUGCAACUGCCUGUCGAAUUGGACCACGGCAGGACGUACGUCUACCAAGAGGAGAACAUAGUAACGGUGGAAGGUAAAAACAAUCAGUUCCGUCUCGAGUGUAAUUUCAAGUUCAACAUAUGCACGUUGGAGCUGUCAGGCUGGUAUUACGGCAAGACCGCCGGUCUGCUCGGUACAAUGAGCAACGAGCAAUACGACGAUCACCUGGCAUCAAACGGUUUGAUCGUCAAGGACAUUGACAGCUUUGCUCAUAGCUGGUCUAUUGACGGCUGCACGAGCGAUCUGACGAGUCGCGUUAGCAGGAAUAUGCAUCAGGACAGCGUGGUGUUCCGCUUCUGCGAGGAUCUGUUUGUAAACAAAAGCUCGGAAUUCGGCAUCUGUUUCGACGUGAUUAAUCCGAACGAGUACGCCAGCAUGUGCCUAAACAGUUUCACCGAGUCUGAGGUGUGCACCGUGGCGAUGUCAUAUAUGCAGACGUGUCUGUUCUACAACACUUACCUGCGUAUACCAGAUCGCUGCACCACAUGCAGCAUGAUAGACGGCAGUCAAGUGGCCGAAGGCCGAUUCAAGCGGCUGGAAGGUACGUCGGUGCCACAGUCGACUGACGUGGUAUUCAUCGUCGAGGCGAAGAACUGCAAUCAUAACAUCAAGCUCAACAGCAGCAUGGAGCUGUUGAUCACGCAGCUGAACAAGGAGCUGAAUGACCAAGGUCUCACGGGCAAUCGUUGGUCUCUGGUAGUCUUCGGCGGCGACGGUGUGUACGACCAACCUAGAAGCAUCGUUCUCGACGGACAGAUCUUCACGAAGAAUGUGGGGCGCUUCGUGGAUUAUUUCAACUAUGUGCCCAUCGGCGGCGGCAGCCAGGACGUCUUCACUGCGAUCGGUUUUGCUUCGCAGCUUGUGUUCAGAGCCGGCGUGUCCAAGACUUUUAUAUUGCUACCUUGCUCGCAUUGCGAGUCAGAGAAUCAGACGCUGGAGUACUCUGUAUUGCACCAAGUACUAUUGGAACACGACAUCACCCUGCACAUACUGAUGGACGGUGAUUUCCAAUUCGACAAGCCGAAGAUCAAUAAAAUUUUCUACGGCUUGGAUGCGACCAAGUCGUACACGAAGAAGGAUGCGAGAGUGCUGACGGGCGACGUGGACCUGAGAAGACAAGUGAAGCUCUCGAAGGAUGCAUUGGGUUACUGUACUCCGCUGUCCUUAGAGACGAACGGCACGAUAUUCAGCGGCGACAAACUGCGUUACCAGCCUACCUCGAAUAAAAUGUUUGCAAGCGUCUUCGCCAAGAGGGUCGCCCUAACAGCUACGCCUAAUCAAUGUCAAUAUUGCGAGUGCACCGCCGACAACAAUGGUGUUACGCAAAUGGAAUGUAUGCCCUGCAUAUAUCCGACGCCGGUGCAUGUCAAUUACGUGAGCGAAACAUUUGAUAUUAACGAGACGCUUUCGAUGAUACCACCAUUGGACGAUGCAGAUUACGGUCAAAUCGAUAUAGAGGACGACUGAAGUACAAUUCCAUAAAAUCGUAACUAGAUGAUGGUAGCUAAAUAUCGCUGAUAUGUUAUUCGUAUUUAUUUAUAUCGUACCUUCUUAAAACCUAGUGCAUAUACCUACCUCCCUUCCUGAUCGAGGAUUUACUUUGUAAGCAUGUAGCAUGGCACUGAGCUAGAAGCUGAUUGAAGGCAAAAAUUUAUAAAUUUGCACGACUUUAUUUCCAAGUAAUAGUAGAAAAAUCUGAUACCGAGAGUAGAGUUCUAUAGAAUUCACAGUCUACUGCUAUAUUUCUCCACACAUCUUGAAUGACUACAAUUAUUAUAAAAAAUAUAUCGAUAAUAUACAAAAAUAAAAAUAUAUCAAAACAAACUGUAAUCACAUCAAUAACAUAGUAUUGCGAUGUUCUUAGAGCAUUAAAGUCGUUAGAAUAUAAAUAUGAUACAAUAAUAAUUAUUGGUUCUUCUCUAACUAGAUACAUAAUAAUAACUGAGAAGUGGAUAGCAAUAUGUGUGGAUUGGCGGAAGUGGUACAAUCGUCACAUAAAAA